GGAAUAAGUCAUCAACUGGGAGUACUAUAUUUCAUAGCUCAUUUGUCGUCUUCCCGACUCCCAGUUUAGCGAAAAUCUAAAAAUUCCAGGGUUUUUCUCGUUGGAAGAUCAAUCAACUGGGCUUUGAGAUGGUGAAGGAGACUGAAUACUAUGACGUGCUGGGAGUCAUCCCCACGGCAUCCGAAGCCGAGAUUAAGAAAGCCUAUUACAUGAAGGCAAGGCAGGUGCAUCCAGAUAAAAAUCCAAAUGACCCUCUUGCUGCCCAAAAUUUUCAGGUUUUAGGUGAAGCUUACCAAGUUCUGAGUGACCCAUCUCAAAGGCAAGCUUAUGAUGCUCACGGAAAAUCAGGAAUUUCAACGGAAGCAAUUAUUGAUCCUGCGGCAAUCUUUGCAAUGCUUUUCGGUAGUGAGCUUUUUGAGGAGUAUAUAGGCCAGUUAGCCAUGGCAUCAAUGGCUUCAAUGGACUUUUUUACUGAAGGAGAACAAUUUGAUACUAAAAAGUUGCAAGAGAAAAUGAGGGUUGUUCAGAAGGAAAGAGAAGAAAAGCUUGCAGAGAUAUUGAAAAAUAGACUCAACCAAUAUCUCCAAGGAAACAAAGAGGAGUUUUUUAAUCAUGCAGAAGCUGAAGUAGCCCGGCUAUCCAAUGCAGCUUAUGGGAUUGAUAUGUUGAAUACCAUUGGCUACAUAUACGCAAGGCAGGCAGCAAAAGAGCUAGGGAAGAAAGCAAUUUAUUUAGGUGUGCCUUUUAUUGCUGAAUGGUUUAGAAACAAAGGGCAUUCUAUUAAAUCUCAAGUUACAGCAGCAACAGGGGCAAUUGCUUUAAUCCAAUUGCAGGAGGAUAUGAAAAAGCAACUCAGUUCAGAAGGGGACUAUACUGAAGAAGAGCUUGAAGAAUACAUGCAAUCUCACAAGAAAUUAAUGAUUGACUCUUUGUGGAAGCUUAAUGUGGCGGACAUUGAAGCCACUCUUUCCCGUGUUUGUCAAAUGGUACUUCAAGACAACAGUGUCAAGAAAGAGGAACUCCGUGCACGAGCUAAAGGGUUGAAAACUCUUGGUAAAAUCUUCCAGAGGGUUAAGUCAGCCAAUGGAAACGAGAAUGAAAGUGUACCAAAUAAGGCAGUGCACAAGUUGAAUGGAAGUGAAACCAGCAAUGAUGCUUGUUCUCCUUGUACAUCACCCAAAUCUUCAAGUCCUGAUUUUUCGAGUGAUACUUCAUUUGCAUCCCAGAGCCCCUACGUGGAGGCCCCGCACUUCGCUGGCAUGCAAUUUGAUUACAACUUUCCGAGGCCGACCGCCCCACCGGGUGCCCAGAGACCUACUCCAACCACCAAGGAUUGAAUUUGAUAUCCCGUGUGCAGUUUUUUUUUGGGGGGGGAGCGGGGGUGGGGAGGGUAUGUAAUUCUCGUGUCGAAUGUGCCUGUAUCGGGGUGUGUUAUUGUAUGUAUCACUCUUGUCAAAUGUGCCUUUAUGUGCUGGAGAUCGUAUCUUUUCGGCAGGGACCGCAUUGUGCAGUGUGGUUUUGCAUGUCUAAUAAUUCUAUACAUAGAUGAAAAAAGAUAAUUUAAAGUAGUGUUAUCACUACCAGCUGGCCGUGAUUGAUUGCCAUGUACUUGGAAUAGUGUAUUUUGUUGGGGUGCCAGCACUUAGGUUACAUUAAGUUUCUUUUGUUCAUAA